CUCGGCCGCCGCCGCCGGCUGUGCGCGUCCCCGGGGGGGCCACGGCGACCGCAGCCCGCGCCCCUCGCCGGUGUCCAGCCAUGGUGAACGGCAGAGCCGCCAUGGAAAUUGGCAGGUACCACUGGAUGUGCCCCGGCUCCCAGGACCACCAGUACCACCCCGUGCCGACCCCGGGGGCCAGGGCCGGCCCCUGGAGCGGUCCAGGCUGCUUCGAGUGCUGCAUCAAGUGUCUGGGCGGCGUCCCCUACGCCUCCCUGGUGGCCACCAUCCUCUGCUUCUCGGGCGUCGCCUUGUUCUGCGGCUGCGGGCACGUGGCCCUCGCGGGCACCGUGGCGAUUCUCGAACAGCACUUCUCCACCAACACCAGCGACCACGCCCUGCUGAGCGAGGUGGUCCAGCUCAUGCAGUACGUCAUCUACGGCAUCGCCUCCUUCUUCUUCCUCUACGGCAUCGUCCUGCUGGCCGAGGGCUUCUACACCACGAGCGCCGUGAAGGAGCUGCACGGCGAGUUCAAGACCACGGCCUGCGGCCGGUGCAUCAGCGGGAUGUUCGUUUUCCUCACCUACGUGCUCGGCGUGGCCUGGCUGGGCGUCUUCGGCGUCUCGGCGGUGCCCGUGUUCAUGUUCUACAACGUGUGGUCGACGUGCGAAGCCAUCAAGGCGCCGCAGACCAACGGCACCGUGGCCGUGGACCAGAUCUGCGUGGACGUCCGACAGUACGGAAUCGUCCCUUGGAACGCCUUUCCCGGAAGGAUAUGCGGCCCGGCCCUGGAGAACAUCUGCAACACGAACGAGUUCCACGUCUCCUACCACCUGUUCGUCGUGGCCUGCGCCGGGGCCGGCGCCACCGUCAUUGCCCUGAUCCACUUCCUCAUGAUCCUGUCCUCUAACUGGGCCUACCUCGCCGACGCCGGCCACAUGCAGGCUCGCCGGGACAUCGGCGCCAAGGAGGACCAGGAGCUGCGCGACGUCCCGCGCCGGCCCCCGGAGCAGCUCAACUCCUACACGUAGACGCGCGCGCCCGAGUCCCGGCCCCGACCGACCGCCGGGCCGCAGCUGGAGCCCCGCCGGACGAACCGAUGAAGGCGCGCCAACACGUCGCCGGCCGUCUCCGAGCUGCUGGGGGUGCACUGCUGUGGGGAGAACCUUCCAGUGGGUCCAUCUUGUUUUUUUUUUUUUUUCUUAUAACAAACAUUAGUGGUUUCACGGGAGCCAUUUUAAAAGGCAACACUUCGGACACGAUACGGUCUCGUUCAUGGUCCCGAAACCCAUGGCGCGCUUGGGACGCGUCUACGCAGACGACCGGUCGUGGGGGUGCGCCCACGUUCCGGGAGAGGGGCCUGCGGCACGCCAGCAGCGUGAUCGUAAACACGCAAAUGAGACGCUGAAUUGGCGUACCGUAAGACACUGAAUUGGCGUACCGUAGGACACUGAAUUGCCGUACCGUAGGACACUGAAUUGGCGUACCGUAGGACACUGAAUUGGCGUACCGUAAGACAUUGAAUUGGCGUACCGUAGGACACUGAUAUUCUACCCGGAGACCCGAAAACACAAAGAAUUUCAUUCCAUAAAUAAUGUUUUUUUUUCUUAAUCAGUGUAAGAAGUGUUCCCUUAUUAAAAUGGCCGCUCUGAACCAUUUUCCCGUGGUCUGGACGGCGCGUGGUCCGUCCCACACCAACUCUGGAAUAAUCGUUUUUGAGCUCGAGCCUCAGCCAUUUUUCAGAAGAAAUUUGCCUUCCACGUCAUCGCGGUCCGGAACAUUGACGCUGGGUGCUGGGGGUUCGAGACCCGGGUGUCCAAGAUGGCAGCCCGCCGCGUGCUGUUCUUUCCGGAACGAUCCGUGUGGCCGCCGGGUGCACCUGCGCCUUCCCCAGGGGGCCCGCGUCCCACAGGGUCCACCGUGUCCGUCCGUGUGCACAGCUCACGUGUGGUUGUCCAACAUACGUGUGCAGAGACGUGUCCACACGGGAGGCAGCCUAGCUCUACCGAGAGGUCAUGAACACGGACCAUCACGUUGUUCGUUUGACGCCCAGAAACGCCCGUGUGGACGUUGGUGUUGACCCGGGGGACGCCCUCCUCCGUGUGGAGCCGUGGCAGCCCGGCGGCUCGGUGUCCCGUGUCCCCCCGCUGCAUGGCGGACGUCCGUGUCGGCCGGAGUCCCGUGUGCGAGAUCAGCCGGAGCCGGAAGCCUACAUUGUCCUUCGCCGACCUCCGGCAGCCACGACCAGGAAACCUUCGGAAGUUUUCAGUCUCAAUAUUUUUUACGUAAAAAGCGUUCGAUUUUUUGCUACGUCUGCGUUUUUUUUUGUAACCUAACAGCGAGUCAGUAUUUUCUAUCCGUGCCAAGGGCUUCCUGUCGCUCUCCGAGAGUCUCAAUAAAAUAUUUGUAGAUAAUCGUC